CACGUAUACAGGGACUGUUGCCAAAUUUCACCACCAUCAUCAACAAUUGACAUUUGUGACAGUGUUUUGUGCGAGUUUUCUGUGACAAAAAGCUUCAAAAUUGAUCUGGAUCUUCAAAGGCAGGCCUCCAACGGCCACUUUAUCAGGUCCGUUGGUCAGAUGUGCGAGGGCGGUUUCAGCACCGCCGACGGUUUUUCGCGCAUGGCGUCGCUAGGCGGCGCGGCGCUGGGAGUGCCGCAAGGUCUGCAAUCGGUACCGUCGUCGAAAAAACAGGAGGAUCACAUCAAGCGGCCCAUGAACGCUUUUAUGGUGUGGUCGCGGCUUCAGCGGCGGAAAAUCGCGCAGGAAAAUCCGAAAAUGCACAAUUCCGAGAUCUCGAAACGGCUCGGAGCAGAAUGGAAGCUGCUGACUGAAGACGAGAAAAGACCGUUCAUCGACGAGGCCAAAAGGUUAAGGGCCAUGCAUAUGAAAGAGCACCCCGACUACAAAUAUAGACCUAGGCGCAAACCUAAAACCCUUAGAAAAGAAGGCUAUCCUUACUCGAUACCUUACCCUUCGGUGCAAAUGGACGCUCUACGAGCAGGAAUGGCAGUGAGCAGUAUGGGUCAGUCAAUGUCACCUUACUACAAUCCUUCUGCAGCUUACGGGUCCAUAAACGCUUCACUUGCAGCUGCAGCCGCACAACAAUCAGCUGCGGCAAUGUCUGCAGGGCUAUCAGCCUCAGGGCAGGUCGUCAGUCCCAUGGAUGCGAUGAAGUACUCCAUGGAGGCCGACAAGUACAGAUCCCCGUAUAUGCCGCCGUCGUCUCUGGCCAUGUCCAUGUAUUCGGAUCCGAAAUACAUGGACUCCACGUCCAAGAGCUACCUGGAAAGGGGCUACUUGGACUCCAACAUCACGAAAGCCUACUUCGAGCACUCCAAAAUGUACAUGGACGGUAAGUACAGCACAGACAGUGCCAGAUCGUAUCCUCUGGACAUUGGAAAGAUUCCUGGGUACCAGGACCAACAACAAGUCCAAGGUAAUAUGUCCUCGCCGCGCUCCUCCGACUCUCCGGAAGUCAAACACAACCCUGAAAGGCAAGAUGCUGCCUCAUCCUCCAGUUCUACCACAACCUCUUCGGCAGGAGCAUCCCCAGGUGCUCUAACAGGGUAUUACCCGGCAAGUGCAAUGCAGCAGGGUAAUCCCGUGCCAGGGUUAUUACCCAUGGCACAAUACGCGAGUCAGUAUCCCUCCCAAACACCCACAGGGGAAUUCAGAAGACCCUUAACUGUUAUAUUUUGACCGGACCAUAUGUGAGUCUGUUUUUUGUUAUGUUGGUAUACGAUCAUUAUAUAUACAUCGAAG